AUGAAGAGAGUAAAAAGCGAAUCUUUUAGAGUUGUUUAUAGUUCCAGGAGGUUCAAGUUGUCACAUUUGUUACUUGCUAUUGCAGGGGUUUACUUGGUUUUUCUAGCGUUUAAGUUCCCACAUUUCGUUGAGAUGGUCGCUAUGUUAAGUGGAGAUACUGGUUUAGAUGGGGCAUUAAGAGAUACGGCAGAUGUUAGUUUAAGCGGAUCGUUGCGUAAUGACAUGUUAUCUAGGAAGCUAGAAGAUGAAGAGAAUCAAAAUGGACCUUCUACUACUCAGAAGGGGCCACAAGAAGCGGAGUCUAAUAAACCGAUUCAGCCACUUCUGUUUCGGUAUGGUCGAAUAUCGGGAGAGGUCAUGAGACGUAGGAAUAGAACUAUUCAUAUGUCACCUUUUGAAAGAAUGGCGGAUGAUGCUUGGAUGCUUGGAUCCAAGGCUUGGGAAGAUGUCAAUAAGUUUAAGAUUGAAAACAUCGAAGAGAGUUCUAUUAACGAAGGAAUGGUUGAAUCAUGUCCUUCUCAGAUCUCUAUGAAUGGAGAUGACUUGAAUAAAGCUAAUAGGAUCAUGUUGCUUCCAUGUGGUCUUGCUGCAGGAUCUUCUAUUACAAUUCUCGGAACUCCGCAGUACGCACAUAAAGAAUCUGUUCCUCAUCGGGCGAGACUCUCAAGAGACGAUGGAACGGUUUUGGUUUCGCAAUUUAUGGUUGAGUUGCAAGGGCUGAAGACGGGGGACGGGGAAUAUCCCCCUAAGAUUCUUCAUUUGAACCCUAGAAUUAAAGGUGAUUGGAGUCACCGGCCGGUCAUUGAACACAAUACAUGUUAUAGGAUGCAGUGGGGGGUUGCUCAAAGAUGUGAUGGUACUCCAUCCAAGAAGGACUUGGACAUGCUUGUUGAUGGAUUCCGAAGAUGUGAAAAGUGGACAAAGAAUGACAUUGUUGACAUGGUGGAUUCAAAGGAAACCAAGACAACUUCUUGGUUCAAACGGUUUAUAGGACGUGAACAGAAACCAGAAGUCACUUGGUCAUUCCCUUUUGUGGAAGGCAGGGUCUUUGUCCUAACUUUGCGAGCUGGAAUUGAUGGAUUCCAUAUUAAUGUUGGAGGAAGGCAUGUGACAUCAUUCCCUUAUCGACCGGGAUUCACCAUAGAAGAUGCCACAGGGUUGGCAAUUACAGGAGAUGUUGAUAUUCAAUCUGUUUAUGCUACUUCUCUUUCAACAUCUCAUCCGAGUUUCUCACCUCAGAAAGCAAUAGAGUUUUCUUCAGAGUGGAAAGCUCCUCCAUUGCCUGGCAAUUCUUUUCGCCUCUUCAUCGGUGUUCUCUCUGCAACUAACCAUUUUUCAGAGCGCAUGGCAGUGAGAAAGACAUGGAUGCAGCAUCCUUCUAUUAAGUCUUCAGAUGUAGUAGCCCGAUUCUUUGUUGCACUUAAUCCAAGAAAGGAAGUUAAUGCAAUGCUGAAGAAAGAGGCGGAAUAUUUUGGAGAUAUUGUGAUUCUGCCCUUUAUGGAUCGCUACGAGCUAGUUGUCCUUAAGACAAUUGCUAUUUGUGAUUUUGGGGUCCACAAUGUGACAGCUCCAUAUAUAAUGAAAUGUGAUGAUGACACAUUCCUCAGAGUAGAAUCAAUCUUGAGAGAAAUUGAUGGAGUCUCUCCAGAAAAGUCCCUUUAUAUGGGAAAUCUAAAUCUUCGACAUCGUCCUCUGAGAACUGGCAAGUGGGCGGUUACAUGGGAGGAGUGGCCAGAAGCUGUGUAUCCUCCUUAUGCCAAUGGACCCGGAUACAUAAUCUCAAGCAACAUUGCAAAAUAUAUUGUUUCUCAGAACUCAAGACAAAAGCUCAGGCUGUUCAAGAUGGAAGAUGUGAGCAUGGGAAUGUGGGUUGAGCAGUUCAACACCUCGAUGCAGCCUGUAGAGUACUCGCACAGUUGGAAAUUUUGCCAAUAUGGGUGCACACUGAACUAUUACACUGCACAUUACCAAUCUCCGAGUCAGAUGAUCUGCUUGUGGGAUAAUUUGUUGAAAGGCCGUGCACAAUGCUGCAAUUUCAGAUGA